AUGGAACCCCAGAACAUCACAUGGGUGUCAGAAUUUAUUCUGUUAGGGUUCUCACAGACUCAAGAACUCCAAAAACUCCUGUUCGUGGUGUUCCUGUUUGUCUACAUCACCACUGUGGUGGGGAACCUCCUUAUCAUGGUCACUGUGACAUUUGACCCCCGGCUGGACAUGCCUAUGUAUUUUCUACUCCGAAACCUGGCUGUCAUAGACCUCAGCUAUUCCACAGUCACCUCCCCCAAGAUGUUGAUGGACUUCUUUCAUGAGACCAAGACCAUCUCCUACCAGGGCUGCAUGGUCCAGAUCUUCUUCUUCCACCUCCUGGGCGGUGGGACUGUCUUCUUCCUCUCCGACACCAUGGAACCAGGGAACCUCACAUGGGUGUCAGAGUUCAUCUUCCUGGGACUCUCCCAGACUCAUGAACUUCAGUUCUUCCUGUUUCUGGUGUUCUUGUUUGUCUACAGCACAACUGUGGUGGGAAACCUCCUCAUUAUAGCCACAGUGACCUCGGAUGCCAGGCUCCACACACCUAUGUACUUCCUGCUCCGCAAUCUCGCUGUCAUAGACCUCUGCUUCUCCUCAGUCACUGCCCCCAAGAUGCUGAUGGACUUCCUCUCUGAAAAGAAGACCAUCUCCUACCGAGGAUGCAUGACCCAGCUCUUUUUUUUCCACUUCCUGGGUGGGGCCAUGGUCUUCUUCCUCUCAGUGAUGGCCUAUGAUCGCCUCGUGGCUAUCUCCCGGCCACUCCACUAUGUCACCAUCAUGAACGCCCAGCACUGUAUGGUACUGGUGGUUGCUGCAUGGAUAGGAGGCUUUGCCCAUUCCAUUGUCCAGCUGUCUCUGAUGCUCCCACUGCCCUUCUGUGGCCCCAAUGUCCUGGACAACUUUUAUUGUGAUGUCCCCCAAGUGCUGAGACUUGCCUGCACGGACACCUCCCUGCUGGAGUUACUCAUGAUCUCCAACAGUGGGAUGCUGGAUGUCAUCUGUGGGAUGCUGGAUGUCAUCUGGUUCCUUCUCCUUUUGAUCUCCUACUUGGUCAUCCUGGUGAUGCUGAGGUCCCACUCAGGAGAGGCGAGGAGGAAAGUGGCUUCCACCUGCACCACCCACGUCAUUGUUGUGUCUAUGAUCUUCAUCCCAAGCAUUUACCUGUAUGCCCGGCCCUUCACCUCCUUCCCCAUGGACAAGGCCGUGUCUAUCAGUCACACGGUCAUGACUCCCAUGCUCAACCCCAUGAUCUACACCCUCAGGAACCAGGAGAUGCAGGCAGCAUUGAAGAGAUUAGGGAUGCACCUUCAGGUUUGUACAAAAGAGUGACUAU